AAGUAAAUAACCAAAAAUUCGUGAAGUUAUAUGCUUAAUAACAGUGAUUUUGUGACAUGGGCACUAAAAAAUACUUGUGCCAAUUAACAGUGCGCAUAGCAAUGUGCUGCAGCCCUGGCACUAGUUAACAGAGCGCCGGAAUGUCAAUCAAAUAAACAAAAAGAAGCGGCGUGAAGAAAAAAGCGAAAAAAACUGCAGCGAAAUCAAUUCCCGAGUAACAAAAAAGCAAAACUAAAUGUUGUAAAUAAAAGUUAUAAAUUAAAUACAAGUGUUAAACAUAAAGAAGACAAGCUGGAGACGCAUUUUAUGGCCAAGAUGGGCAAGUGGAUGACCCCCGAAGAGGAAGCACGCCAAAAGUUUAUCAUGCGGGAACGGGAUCGGGAGAGAAAACGCAUCAAACGCAUGAAUCCCGAGUAUCGACAAAUGGAACGAGAGAGGGAUCGAUUUCGCAAACAGACGCCAAGGCCCAGUCUGAUGACACCCGAGGAGGAGGCGCGCCACAAGUUCAUCAUGCGCGAGCGAGAUCGAGAGCGAAAGCGAAUCAAGCGCCUGAAUCCCGAAUAUCGGCGAAUGGAGCGCGAGCGCGAUAGAUUUCGCAAGAAGGCACGACGUGCUAACUUGACGCCCGAGGAGGAAAUGCGUCAGAAGAUGAUACAAAGGGAACGGGAUCGUGAACGUAAGCGUAUUAAACGCAUGAAUCCGGAAUAUCGGCGCUUGGAGCAGGAACGUGAUCGGGAUAGAAAAAAAGCGCGUCGGGCGAAUGAAGCGUUUCGACAAUUGGAAAAGUUACGUGAUAAGAUUCGGAAGGAGCGAAAAAAGGGAUUACUGGUGACGGAUCCCACGCAAUUGCCGCCGGAAUUUGCGGCCAUCAUACCGCCAGUGCCUGUUGAGCCUGAGGUGAUUAUAUCGACGCCGCAGACACAGCAACAACAACAACAGCAGCAGCAGCAGCAGCAAUCAUUGCAACAACAACAGCAGCAGCAGCAGCAACAACAACAACCAGCGACACACCUUCAACAACAGCAACAGCAGCAGCAACAACAGUUGGCGGCAGCUGCAGCGGCGGCGGCGGCAGCGCAUCAUCAUCAGCAUCAACGGCGCCGCAACAUGUCGCAUGUGCCAACAGCAACGUCGAGUCUCAACAGCGCGACGUUGACGCAACUGACGGCGGCAGCAGCGGCGGGAAAUGCAGCAAUGCAUACGCCCACGGCGCAUGCCACGCCCACGCAUUUACAGCAACUGAAUAAGCUGCAACAAUUGUAUCCACCGCCCAGUUUUGCACAUCCCGCCCUGCCCAUUGCCGGCGUCACGUUGAUGCCACAACUCUGCCAUCCGAUCUUGCAUCAGAACCUGGGUGCCACACUCUAUGCCCCGCCGAAUGGCAUCAAGCAGGAGUACGGCCAGGAUGUGAGCAGCCUAAGUGCAGCAGCCGCUGCAGCUGCCACAAGCUCGGCCUCCGCUGUGGCUGCCGCCCAGGCGGCGGCACUUGCCUCAUUGCGUGGCAGUGGCGUGCAAUCGGAUGAUCCCGAUAUGGCAUUAAAUCUGGAGCCUGAGAUUAUACUGCAAACGCCGUCGGAUGUGAAUCCCGCGCAGCAGCAGCAACAACAGCAGCAGCAACAGCAUCAUUUCAAUGCACACCAGCAACAACAGCAGCAACAGCAGCAGCAACAUCAUCUGCAACAACAGCAGCAGCAACACUGCAACAUGUUCCAGCACAUGGCGCCACAGGCUCACAUGCAACACAUGCGACCGGCGCCAUUGCCACCGCCGCCUUCAGUCGCCCUGCCACCACCACCACCAGCAACACAUCAGCAACAACAACAGCCGCCACAGCCGCCGCCGCCACAACAGUUGCAACCGCAUGCGCAACAACAGUGAGAGAUUUCGACACAACUCGCCUUUAGUUUGUAAGCUCUCAACUAGCCACUCACACCACAUACGCAUUUCGGAGGUUCAGUUUUAUGUUAAUUUGUUUUUAUAGAGAAAGAGACGGAGAUCGAGAGAAAGAGUACUCACAGGUCGGAGUUAAGUGUGUGUGAACUAGUUCAAUGCAUCGAAAGCAAAUUAACAUUUAAAUAGCUCAAUUUAUGCGAGGUUCAUUUCAUUCCGAUAUAGAAUUUCCCGUGCUUUAAGCAUUUUAGUAAUUUUCCUUUAUAGAUCGGAGUUAUCUAUGUGUGAACAAGUGAAAUGAAAGAAGCAAACAUUAAUGUUUAAUUUGCUACAAAGCACUUUGAAAUAGAAUUGUCUGUGCUUCAAGCACACAAUAACUGAAUUAAUUGUAUUAAACCAAUCCAACUCCAAUACCCUCGCAUAGAUAUAGUUAUUGUCAUUGGAACUGAUAUAGUAAUUGAACAAAAUUAGUUUAACAUUUGUUACGUCCUUGUUGAGCAUAAAAUAAUGCAUUUGUAUUAGUUGGAAGCAAUCCUGAGUUUACUUAAUUGUUUAAAUUUUUGAAAGAACUAGUUCAAAUAAACGCAAAACACUCCUACACGCACACACAUACAAAUUAAAACAUAUGCAUACACACACCCUCCUAUUGAUAUGUAAGAGACUCUUGAACGUCAUUUUUAAAAUGCCGUUACGUUGUGUAUUACGUUAAGGUUACGUUACGUUAUAUUUUAGUGGGCUUCCCCUCAUUUAAUGUCAUCAAUAACGUAUCCGCAUUUCUAUGUUUGUUUUUUAUAUGUAUGUCUGUAAACUAUUUUCUGUUCGGUAGCUAAGUGAUAGGGGGAUGGGAAAAGCUAAUUGCCCAUUCCGAACAAUACAAUACUUGCAACUUUAAGAUACGAUAUGAUAUAAUGAUAAUUGUACACCCAUACGAUAUACAUAAAUAUAUAUAAUGAAUGAUAUAUAUACAUACAUAUAAGGCAAGCCGUAAAUAAUUAUUACGAAUUUAUGCGCAAGUAUGAGCAAAAUAUAAUAGCAAAAGCUGUUGCUAAAAUUUAA